GAAAUGGAUCAAUAUUAUAGUCAUGCACUUAAAAUUGUUUUGGAGGCUGGUGAACUGUUGUUAAAAGGUUUUAAAAGUCCAAAAGAAAUAUCAACUAAGAAAAAUGAUAAGGACUUUGUAACACAAUACGACAAACUUAUUGAAAAAACAAUAAUUAACAGCAUAUUUCAAUUAUACCCAAAUCAUAAAUUUAUUGCAGAAGAAAGUGCUGCAAAUAAUAUUUUAACAGAGGAACCUACAUGGAUACUUGAUCCAAUUGAUGGAACAACUAAUUUUAUACAAGGAUUUCCAUUUUGUUGUAUUUCAUUGGCAUUGGCAGUAGAAAAUGAAAUAAUAAUAGGAAUAGUUUAUAAUCCAAUAAUAAAUCAAUUAUUUACUGCUCAAAAAGGAAAAGGGGCAUAUUUGAAUAAUGAAAAAAUACAAGUAUCAAGUACUGAAGAUCUUAAUAAUGCUAUGCUUGGACAUGAAUUUUAUUCUACGACCAAAAUUGAUAUAAGGAAAUUCCGUGGAUUAAGAAGUUUAGGAUCAGCAGCAAUAGCUUUAUGCUAUUUGGCAAUGGGGGCAGUAGAUAUAUGUUAUUAUAAAAAAUUAAAGUGUUGGGAUGUAGCAGCAGGAGUUUUGAUUAUCCAAGAAGCUAGAGGUUGUGUACUUGAUUCAACAGGAGGUGAAUACAAGAACAUAAUGGAUGCUGAUAUACUUGCUGCUUGUACAAGAAAACUAGCAGACAAUUUUUUGAAAUUAAAAGACAAUAAUUUCAAUUAAGUAUUGAAGUAAAAUAAAAUACAAAAUAUUAUUAUUUGAGAUGUAACAUUUAAACCAUUUCAUCUUAAAAGUAAACUACAAAACUUUAAAUAAUGAGUAAGAACUAAAAUUCAAGAUUUAAAUUCUAUUUCAAAUCAUGAUAAAUUUUAAGUCAUCAUCAACAUAUGUCAAAAUAAUAAUAAACAAUAUUUAUAAGAAA